UAGAAGCAAUAAAAAGUAAAUUUUAUUAAAAAUAAUAAAUACAUUUUAAAAAAGAAUAUUUGUCAGUAAGAUAAACUAGGAAAAAGAGUUUAGGACUAAAGCUAAUUUAACAGAUAGGAAAAUACUGAAAGCGAGAUUUAAAAAUUAACAUUUGUAGAUAAUUUGGUUACAAGUAAAUAGGAUAAGAUGAAUUAAAGGAUGUAUGAAUAAGAAUAUUAAUACUAAGAUAACGAUUAAUUUGUUAAUUAACAACACUAAAAAGUACCUUCGAAUACAAAUAUGAACUAAAAUGAUUACUUAGGAUAGGAUUAAAGCGGUAUUAGAAAUAACAGAUUGAGCAGCAACAUGCAGCAUAACACAUCUUAUGAAUAAGAACACAAUAAUCUUUAAAAAUACAAUUAAAAUUAUGAUGCACAAGGAGGGAAUAAUUUUUCAAACUAAAACUAAUUACCCAACAAUAACAAUAUGUAUUCUCAAUUCAAUCAAUAAAAAGAUGAUUUACAAAAUUAGAUGGAUCAUGACCACAAUUAAUAAUUUGGUCUUCAUUCAGGAAUUUAAAAUUAACAAAACCAGUAAUAACAGCACUAUUUUUAUGAUUAAUAACAGUAAAAUCAAUAAGGUUUAAAUUAACAUGAAGCUUAAUACAUCUAAGAAUAGCCAAUUUCAAAAGAACCUGAGAAUAAUUAUAUUUCAGGCUAAAUUGGCAUGAAUUAAAACAAUUAUAAUUAAGGAGGUUAAUUUAUUAACUAGCUUGAUGAUGUAGAAAUGGAAUUACCUGAGGAGCAAUCUUAGGAAGAAAGACAAUCAAAUGAUAAUAUAAGCAGAUAUAUUGUACGUCAUAGUGAAGCUGGUGUGGGUUUCUUGAGAAAAUUGAAUUAAAGUGCUUAUGGCAAGAAAUCAGUUAUACGCUCUAAAAUUGAUUAGCUAUUUGACACUCUUGAUGAGAAGGCCUAGCUUUAAAAUUAGUUUAAAACUCUUGCUUAAUAUGAAAGAAAAGUAGAUAUUUAACCUAUUUCAAGCGAUGGCAAGCCAGUUAUCUUGAUCAAAUGGAAUGAAACUAAUCAAAUGUUCGAGCUUAAUGAAGAAGUGUUAUCAGUUUUUAAAAAAAUUGAAGAGAGAAAGAACUCAAAGGUUUCUUUUGUUUCCAUCACAGGAGAAAAGUAUAGCGGAAAGACUUUCCUUUUGAAUGGACUUUUGUAGAACAAUGUACAUUAGGAGAGACUACAAAGCAGCUACUUCGGUAAUUCUAUUAUCAUGUGGAGUGAACCCAUCUACGAUAAGGUUUCUGACAGCGAAAUAUACUUCUUAGAUCUAAAUGUUUAGUCAGAUAUGAGCGAAGAGUUAAAGGAAAAGAUGUUUUUUAUCUAAUGCAUUAUAUCAAAUGUAUUGCUUUUCAAUGUUAAAUCUAAUCAAAUCAAGGCCUAAGAUUUUUAUUAUCUGAAGCAUCUUUUAAAAAUGCAAAACUAUUUUGAUUUUGAUAGCUUAGAGUCAAAAGAAGACUUGAAGUAUCUUAUGCCUAAAAUUAGCAUCAUCAUGCGUGAUUUUACUCAUGAGAUUAAGAAAUAAGGAUAUACCUUAAGUGGAUAGCAAUAUCUUGAAGAAUAUUUAUUCGAUGACUUGUAAUUCACAAAGGCUAAUGCUUAAGAAUAAAAACUCCGUAGAAGGUUUAUAAAAUAUUUCCCUGAUAGAGAUUUAUACACCAUGGUUUCGCCUGUAAAUUCUAAUGAUAUUGAUGCCUAAUAAAAACUCUCAAACUUAAAUGGAGUUUCCUUAGAUGAACUAGACCCAGUUUUCUUAAGUGAGUUAACUUCAUUAAGAAAGAGAAUAGUUUCUAAAAAUGAAAUUCGCUCUAUUCGUGGUAUUCGCCUUUCUAAAAACAUGUUUAUUUAGUAUAUUCAAAGCUUCUUGGAAGAUGCUAAUUCAAAUGAGAAAUUUAACAUCGACAAAGCAAUAUCUAUACUUUUAGAAAAUGAGUUUAUUACAGUUUAUCAUGAAUGUGUUGACACAUAUAAGCGCGUGAUGGAGUAACAUUUUGGUGAAUGCGAGUUUAUGAGUUUAGAGUAAAUGAAUGAGAGUCUUAGAAAUGCCAGAGAAUAAGUAUACUAUCACUUCUUCCGCUUGAAAGCUCACGAUGUUGAAAUUGCUGAGUAAUUCUUCACAAAAUACUAUGAUUUAUUAAAGGAAUUUAUUAAAGAUAUGGAAAAUCAAUUCCAUACAAUUAACAAUGAAGAAACAUCUCGUAUAGUUUCUCAAAUAAUCUAAGAAAAAGUUUAAGUUAUAUAACAGAAAACAAAGAACGACACUUUCAAGAUUGAAGACAUCAUGUUCAUAAAACAACAGUUCGAAGGAAUUUUAAAUGAAGUUAAAAACACUUGUGUGGGCUAUAAAGCUAAUUACAGUGAAUAAUAUGGCAUAUUUGUGACUUAAAUCUAAAGGACUAUGAUGGACGUGAUAGUUUAACAAAUAAAUAUUCAACGUAACACAAAUAAGAAUCAAUUAAAUGAACUAAAACAAUAAACAGCUAGCUUAAACAAAAAAUUAAAUCAAAUUAAAGAAGAAAAUAAAGGACAUUCAAAACAAAGUGAAGCUAGUGCUAAAGAAAGAGCUUAGUAACAAGAGGAUCUUUAAAAGGUACUAAAAUAAGAAGCAAGUUUGCAAGCUUAACUUAAAAACCAAUAAGAGCAGUUAGAAUAUGUAAAAAGAUAAUCUGAAAGAUAUUAGCAAGCUCAAAAGGAAAAGGUCUGCUGA